UCUACACUUUGGAGCAAUGUUUGUGUACACUGCAGGCACCACAGAGCAGCGGAUCCUUGAUUUCUGUAGCGCAAUCUUGGUGCUGGACAUGAUAUGGGAACUGAUGGUGAGCUGGGGAUGACAUAAUGAUGACAUCCUGAGGAUCUGUGAAGUUCCGUGAUUCAGAAUUAUGUUUUUGAUGUGGUGGUGUCAUGAAACUGUGGAUCCAUGCUUUUUGUACUGAAAUCUGGAACUGAUGAAUCUGGGAUGACCUGAAAAAAAUCCCAAGAAUCCAUGUGGAUCCAUGCUUUCGAACUAUGUUUUUUGCACUUUUGCAGUGCCAUGAAGCAUCAGAUUCAUGAUUUUUGUGCUCAGAUCUAUGGCCAUGAACAUAUGUAAUUUGAUGAUGAUUUCAGGAUUUCCUAGUGCAAAAAUCAUGAGGAUUCAUGCUUUAUAACUACCUCUUUGCACCACUGUAGGGCCAUGAUGAAGCAUAUCUGUUAUUUUUGUAAUCAAAUUUGGGCUACAGUAAUGUGAUUUGAUGGUGAAUUUGAUGUGAGCUAAAACAAAAAUUCCAAAGAUCCAUGAGGAUCCACACUUUGGAGUCUUGUUUUGCACCAUUGCAGUGCCAUGCAGAAUCAAAUCCAUUUUUUUUUUGUGGACAGGUCUGUGGCUAUGGACAUGAUAUGUGAUCUGAUGGUGAUUUCAGGGUGACCUAGUGCAAACAUCAUGAAGAUCCACAUUUUGCAACCAUGGUUUUGCACCCCUUUGGUGCAACAAUGCAGCGGAUUUGUGAUUUUUGAAAAUCCCAAGGAUCCACAAGAUUCCAUGCUUUGGAAUCAUGUUUUGGCACAAUUGCAGUGCCAUGAAACAUCAGAGCCAUGCUGAUCCAUGUUUUUUGUAGUCAGAUUUAUGACUGGGGACAUGAUUUAUGAUCUGAUGGUGAUUACUGAGUGACCUAGAGCACAAAUCAUGCUUUGUAACCACAUCUUUGCACCAUGUCAACUUUUCUUGCCACCAAAGUAUCUUGGCACUUGCUCUAAGUCUGCAUAGCAGGGAACUGUCAGACAGUGUCCGGUGCCACAUGACUUACUUCAUGAGUAAUGGGGCAUCCUUCCCGGGGGUUUAAUAGGGUUGGCAGGAGACUGCUAUUGGGUGCUGAAGGGGGGAGGGGCUUGGCCAGCACAAAGGAGGAAGUUGAUUGCUCACAUACUUAUUUGGCAUCCAGUGCCGCUUGUGGCCUCAUGGGCAUGCUUGUGGCAGUGGGGGAAGGGCACAUUUUUUUGCUGUAUGGACAUAUAUGGGCUGACCACCUUUUCUCUUGGUGCAGCUUUAUACCUCUGAGCUGAAAGGCAUUAGGGAGCAGACUAACUCUGGCCAUGCCCUGAGAUCCAUCCACAGCAAUGUCGGUGCAAAGUACUGUGGCUGGGCUGUACCUGUGUACAGCCACAAUAGGGCAAUACCAGUGCCCGAGAGAAGUGUAUAUCUCUGAAAUAGGCUGGUGUGAAGAUCAGCUGGUUCCCUAAGCCCAUUCAACCCUCUCCCUCUUAGGAUUUCACUGUAAGGCCACCAACACUAGUAAAAAAAGAAAACAAAUAAAGCCAAUCAUUCCAAAAUUAUAUAUUGGAAUUAUAUAUUCAGACACCAGGUGGCAGCCUAAAAUCAUGAAGGUAAAUUGUUUCCAUGAUCGUUUACGCUGUGAUAUUGCACACUGAAACUAUACAAAAAGUUCAGAAUGAAUAAUAUUCCCACAUGAAUACUCUCAUCUUACCAUCAUUUUAUUAUUCUUUUUUCAUAAGUAUUUGUGUAUUAAUUUUUAUAGUUUUACAUUCUUAUGGUUUUAAUAAUUAAAAUUAGUUUUAAAUAGCUUAUAUUUAAAACUCAUACAUAAAACAUAUUCCUGUUCCCUUACCACUUCAGCAGAGUAAAGGACAUACAUUCCAUGGUUUAACAUGUUUGUAUUAGCAAGGGCCCUAACCCUUGAAAUUCUCAACUCUUUUUUCUCAUUUCUCCAACUUUUCAGACAGGAAAAAGGCUGAAGGACAACUCUUCCUUUCCCCCACCCCCACACUGAGAGAUAAUCUUUUUUCAUUCUGUGGUUGUUGCAGCAUCAAGAUUUCAAUGGGAGACAUGCUUUUGUUUGUUUGUUUUUGCUGUCAAGUCAUAGCUGACUUAUGGCAACCCCUCCCCCUAGGCAAGAGAUGUUUGAAGGCAUUUUGCCAUUGCCUACCUCCCCAGCAAGACCCUGGUAUUCCUUGGAGGUCUCCCAUCCAAGUACUGUUCAAAGUCAGGGCUGACAAUAUGUGACUGACUGGCCCAAGAUCACUCAGCAAGCUUCCAUGGACUGAGUGGGAAUUUGAACCUGGGAUUCCCAGGUCCCAGUUCAAAACCUUAACCACUACACCAUGCUGGCUCUCAGAAGAUGCACACUUAUGUGAAUAUUGAUCCUCCAGUCUUCUCGUCUAAGUAACAAAAAGGGACUCAGAGACUGGGCCGUAUUAGCCCGAGACCUAGGCUUUCAGUACUUCAGGCUCCCUCUGGCACUUCAGUCUUUCACUCCACUACAGCUGACAACCUGACCCUGGUACAGGAGAUACUAGACCACAGUACAUAGGCCUAUAUCCGUUUUGAGGGUCUCCUAAAUAAGUUUACUCACAAUUUUACUCACACACAACCAAGGUCAUGACUAGACUGUAUGAUUCAUGGAGAUAUAAUAAGGAAGGAGGCAACAUGAUGUCACAACCCUGAUACUAGUGCACUAUUGGCCCACUGUCUUCCUCCCUCGUCCCCAUUGACUCAAAACAAACUUCAGCUGACUAUGAGUGCCUUGCGACUUGUUCUCAACUGCCUUGCAUGCUCACUCUGUCAACACCUGUCAGAAAGGCCUAAGCCCUAAGGUGCUGGUAUCAGUCUUUCAGCAGACAAACAAACAAAGAAACAAACAAACAAAAAGGUCCCUAGACCCUGCAGGACCCCUAGGCUUCAGUCUUGUCAGCCUCAUGGAUAUUGCCCUGCUUUAAGGACUGCUCUAUGGAACCUGGUUUAAAGAGGGUGAAAGGCCUCUGCUUCUGCUGGGAGGGACUUGGUGCCUUAAUUAAACAAAGAGAAGACAGACUUAGCUGACAGCUUGUUUCCCUCUUGUCUGUCCCAUGAGGACAGAAAAGAGACAGGAGGAGGUUGGGGGAAGCUUGAGUUGGUGGGGCACUGCCCAUUUGCCAUGAUAAACCACUAUAUCCCAAAGCCCUUUUUGUAUCUGUUUGCUGUAUCUCUUUGAACCUUCCUUACCCAAGACCUGAUUGCCCAGAGGUACAUAUUUUCUAGGAACCUCAAUAUCCAACAUGUUGACCACAUUACUUCUGACCAGCUACAGAAAUAUUUAGUAGGGGUGACACUACUUACUACUCAGUUUGGGCUCAUUGUUGAGAAAGUUCCUGAAUAACCUUGUUGAAGUAUUUGUCAGAGCUUUGGGAAAAGUAAACCUUUCAAAGGUGAGGAGAGGGGGCAGAUCCUUAUUUGUGUGUGGGAAUAGAAAGGGGUGCCAGAUCUCUCUUUUACUGUGAUGUAGAGCAGAAGGUCUAUUGGAGGAUCUUUUUGCCACCUCUUAUGCUCUAUUUGUCCAUCGUAAAUAAAGCCAGUGUUGCAAGAUUGCCAUAGAUAUUUAGUGUGUUAUCUUCUACAGGUGAUAAAUCUAGGAAGUCCUCCCCCUGGAACAUCUCCUUGAGUGGAGAAUCAAAAACCAUCUAACAUUAUCAAGCAUGCAAGCACACAAUCUUAUGGAGAAAUGCUAAUGUGGUAGAUUCAUGGUAUGGUGAGGAAAUAUUUACAACAAAACUUGGACUCCAGCAAAAAACAUGCCAGAUAUCUGGAAACCAACGCAGAACCAAAGCUAGAGAAAUGCUUUAUUUUCUACCCAUUUGGCUAUUGCUGUGCAGCUGUAAGGAAGCAGGAGGAAUAGUUACUUUGAGGAAUUUGUGAAUCUUGCUUUACAAAUACUGACUGGCUAGACUUGACAACAGUUCUGCAAGCUAAACAACUACAGUGCCAAAUUACAUGAAGAGCUCCUUAUUGACUGAAUAAAGGUGGUGGGGUUUUUUUUGGCAUUCGCAGAAGAGAGAGGACUUUUUCUUAAAGUUUCAAGUGUACUGGUCCAUGAAUUCACACGCUUCAAGAGACCCUGAAACCUAAACUACAAGUGGAGUAUUUCUCAGCAUCCUCCACAGCGCCCUCCACAGCUGCCAACCAGAAUCAAGGGUAGCGAACUUAGAAAGUAGUUUGUGUACACUAUGAAGAAUUUCUCAUUUUCAAUUCCAGAUGUCAUCUACCAGCCUGGUACUCAUUUUCGCAACUCAACAAACACCACAGGUCUGCCUGAAAGGCAACCAAGAGAUGAGCAGUUAGCUCAGGUAGAGAUUGCUGUACUAGGAGUGUUAUUUAUGACAGCCUCCAUAGGCAAUUUCAUUCUCAUACUGGUGCUAUGGAAGAGAAGAAUGAAGCUGUCUAGGAUGUACGUGUUCUUGCUUCAUCUAAGCAUUGCAGACUUGACAGUUGCAUUUUUUCUAGUUCUUCCUCAGCUUUUUUGGAAAAUUACAGAUGUUUUUGUGGGUCCAGAUAUCCUGUGCAGAACCACCAGCUAUCUCCAGUUGUUCAGCAUGUUUGCCUCCACUUAUAUGAUAGUGGUUAUGGCAAUGGACAGACUCCAAGCAGUGUGUUACCCUAUGGUACCCUUCCAAAAGAAAGGAGCUCUUUGGAAUGCUUCCAUCUGCACCAGCUGGUUAAUUUCUUUGGCCUUCAGCAUUCCCCAAGUAUUUAUCUUUCAGAAGAGUGAAGUAUCUCCAGGUAUCUUUGACUGUCAAGCAGACUUCAUUGAGCCCUGGGGCACAAAGCUGUAUGUAACUUGGAUCUCUGUAGCUAUUUUCUUCCUUCCUGCAGCUAUCCUGACUAUAUGCCAUGUUAGGAUAUGCAGAGCAGUCCAAAUGAAUGUGAGCUUGAAAAACUACAGUCAAUUUCAAGUAACAAACCAGAAACAGAUAUUGCCAUCCCAGGCAAGUAAUGAGAACUGUAUGUCCAAUGCCAUGAUCAAGACUAUAAAAAUUACAGUGGUGAUUGUUGUCGCUUACAUUGUCUGUUGGUCACCUUUCUUCAUUGCACAGUUGUGGACUGCAUGGCACCCCAGUGAUGCUAGAACUGAAGGUCCAGUAAUAGCUGUUCUUAUGCUCUUAGGGAAUCUCAAUAGCUGUGUCAACCCAUGGAUUUAUAUGUACUUUUAUGGUCAAAUACCACACUGUUCAAAGAAAAAAGUGGACAACAUCGCUGCUCAUGAGGAGUCCACCAAUACAGGCAGUGUUAACUUGGGAGAGAAAGAUACUGAAGACAAUAUUACAUCAGUAUAACAACAGCAACUGGUAUUACAGUUUAUAGUUUGUGCAGACACAUUUCAAGAAAUUACUUUGCUAAUUUUGGGAAGUGUGUAUAGUGGAAGAGCUGGUUUUCAUGUAUGAUAUGCACAUAUUUUAAAUGCUAAGCAAAGAUUCAAAAGGUCACUGAACAAUGAAAAGGUCAAACUCUAAAAGGAAAAAUUGAACAUGCAUGUCCAACAUUCAGUACUGGAUCUACACAUUUCAAUACAUGAAUUUCCAGGUCCUUCUAAAUGGACUGUUACCUUCCAGCAAACCCAGUUCUACAGAUUAGAGUCUACCACUUUUAACCCCUACACAACACUGGCUCUCUUUUGGCUGUGGUGUUGCUUUAGACUGUAGUUAACAAAUGCAGGAAAGUGAAAUGAAGUUCUUUACCCCAUUUGUGAAAAUGUGAUAAGAAAAUAAAAAGUAAGAGGAGAAGACUAUGACUGACAACAUUUAAAGGGACCAUGCCCAUCUCCCCUUGAACCUUUUUAUAAAGAAUCUACUGCAAAUGUAAUUAACCCUCCUUUGUGCCUGAUAAUGUGCUUUAAGGUUGAGCAAUACAUUUGGCUCCAUUUGGGAUUGAAACCAGUGGUGUAUUCUGUUCGUAGAAGGAGUCCUUCCUUUCUUGGAAAGAGAUUUUGCUAACAGACGGACACCUUCCUUGAAUAAAAGGGCAUCAUUGAAUCUAA